UGCCAGGCUCGGAGGCAGGGCCACUUUAAGGGCGGCCUGGGCGUGCGCGCCCACAGCUGCAGCCUGGAGCCAUUAGCGCGCAGCCGAGGCAGGGACGCGGCAGGCUGCACCUCCUCUACUCUGAGCUGCCUCAGGACCCCGCACGUGUGCACCCGGCCAUGGCGGCCUCAAUUAUCACCCAGGAGCAAGACCUUAUCUCGGGCCAGGCAAAAAUAGAUCUCUUAUUAGUUGGAGAUAUCACUGUUUGCUACCUGGCUGAUACCAUUCAGGCAUUUUUUUCAAAUACAGAAGUCACUAUAACCAUUAGUGAUGUGAAGAAGGCAGCGACACUUUUGGAUGAUUGCACAUUCAACAUGGUUUUCCUAAAGAUGUCUUCUAUACUUACUUCUGAGGAGCUGGAAGCUGUCAGGUUAAUUAGACAUGGCAAGAAGAAAAAUACAAGUUUGCUGUUUGUUUUUAUAAUCUCUGAAAAUUUUAAAGGUUGUAUUUCAGGGCAUGGAGCUGAUAUAACUUUAACUGAACCACUGACCUUGGAAAAAAUGAGUAUUGUGGUAAAAUAUUGGAAAACCUAUUUCUCAAGUACCGGUAAAAAUGAAAAUGCUACGAUUCCUGAAGAACCUGGAUUUCCUCUGCAGAAGUCCUGCAGUGAACAGCUAGGAUACUUCUCUACUGAUUUAUUGACCUGCUCCGAAUCUUUAAGAAAUCUCAAUGAGCUUGAAUUAAAUGCUCCAUUGUCAGGUUUUGAGAAAAGCAAACAGAUUUCGUUUCUUCAUUCAAGCAAAGAAAAACUGAGAAGAGAAAGAAUCAAGUAUUGCUGUGAGCAACUGCGUACUCUCUUACCAUAUGUCAAGGGGAGAAAGAAUGAUGCAGCUUCCGUUCUUGAGGCAACAGUUGAUUAUGUGAAGUAUGUCCGGGAGAAAAUCCCUCCUGCCGUUUUGAGCCAGAUUGCAGAAGCACUGCAGAGCAACAGGAGGUUUUGUAAGAAACAGCAAAUGCCCAUCCAGCUGUCCUUCCCAGGCACAAUCACAGCACAAAGGGAAAACAGUGUGUUGACAAGCACUUACUCACCUUUGAGGGGGAUUCAAUUCCUGGCUAAUAAGUGCUUGAAUGUCUAUUCUGUUCCUGCCACAGUGGGCUCUCUGGAUGAAGCUGUGAGAGGUCAGUCAAGCUCCACUUCAGAGAAUGCUAUUGGUGAUCUGUGUAAAACUCGAAUUCCCAGUGCUGCCCUGUCUCUAAAUUCCUUCCAUGCUGUCAGCUACUAUUCUAAAGUCAUCCCUUCCUAUGAUGCAGCUGCCGUAACAAAUAAGAACAUUUCAGUUCAUUUACCAUCAGCUGUGUCCACAGUCUCAAAGUUUCUCCCUCAGCACUGCAAUUCUGUGUUGGGCCAGACAUGUACAACACACCCCAACUGUUUGGGCUGGUGUCUGUAUCCUGAAUCAGUGAAUCUGGAUGUGUCUCUGCUAGUUUGACCUUAGGGGACCAGUGGAACCUGAUUUCCAGUGGAGCUGAUUGUUUCUUUCCUCUGCCUCUCUGCUUCUACUUCAACUUUCUACGAUGCCACAUCUCGUUUCACCAUCCUCACCCUCAACUGGCCCAUAACUGGAUGCUUAUUUAUCCCUUAGUCACUCACACUGUAUCAAAACUUGUUCUUGUAGUGACCAGACAGGCUAAUUUCAGAUACAGAUGUCCUCACACAACGUUAUAUGCCAGCAUUGUGCUUAACCAUGGUGCUAAGAACAUAGUGUAUAAAAAUGGAUAUGAUUCAUGCCAUCAUGAAGUGUCAUGGGGAUGCAGGCACAGAAGCAAACAACUGGGACAUAGACUGGAGUACUAGGCAGAGUGUUUUACCAUAUAUAAAAUGAAACUUCAAAAAGUUCAUGGAAAAGUAAAAGUAUGAGUUUAUUUAGUGCAAAAUAAUUCAAAAUCUAUGCGUUGUACUUUUUUGUAAUGUACAUUUCUGUGAACUUGUUGAAGACCCCUCCUUGUAUAAUCUGAACCUUAAAGAGGUUAGGGACUGCUUGCUUGUGCAGAAGUACUGUCUAAACCAAGACAUAAAGACUACAAAUUCAUCAGGUAGGAGAGUUAGGAGUUGGGUGAGGAAGGUAAGAGUGUGCCAGGCUUUGGACCAGCCUAUGUGACCAGUGGGAUCUUCAUUUUUUGCAAGACCUUUUUAGUUCAAGAGGAAGAUCCAAAUCAGAUUGGCCUGAUUAAAAUGGACUUCUGAUAGCCUUAGUAUUGUUGCUAAUACUUUUGCGUACUAAUAAUAUCAACAUGUUUUGAAUAGUCAAUUAGUAAACUAGCAUG